AUGGCGACGGUGUCAGUUCAUGCUCUGAGCACCGGCCACAUCACAAUUCCUGAACGAUUCUUUGUGGUCCCGGCGGACCCUGUCGCCAAACGAACAGUGCCUUCCUUAUCUUUCCUGAUACAGCACAAAGAUGUGGAAAGUGGGAAAGUCACACGAAUCGUCUUCGACCUGGGUAUGAGACGGGAGAUCGACCUCUAUCCGCCAGCCUUAACAGCUCAUCUAGCCAACCGAGGACCUGUCUCUACGCAUCCAGAUGCAGUCGCUUCACUAGCAGCCGGGGGGCUCCGCGUGAGUGACAUCGACUACGUGAUAUUCAGCCAUGUCCACUACGAUCACGUCGGACUUCCAAAGGACUUCAAUGACGAUAAGACUAAAUUCAUUGUAGGCAAUGGCGCUCUCGAUCUUCUCAGUGGAAAGACGCAACUCAACUUGGGGAAACAUAUGGUGUUUGAGCCGGACUUGCUCCCGUCAGAAAGAACAAUAGAACUACCUCCUCCAGAGGGUGGGAACUCACAACUCUCAUGGAAGCCGUUUGCAACCUUCCCACAUGCGAUCAACUUCUUCAAUGACGGCAGCGUCUACAUUGUCAAUGCACCUGGUCACCUCCCCGGCCAUAUCAAUCUCUUAUGCAAAAUCUCCAGUCAACCACCCAAGUUUGUUUGCCUAGCUGGAGAUGCAUGCCACGAUAUUCGAUUGUUAACGGGAGAGUGCGACAUAGCGACAUGGACGGACGAAACCGGGAGAUAUUGCUGCAUGCAUGUGGACAUUCCAAAGUCGAAGGAGACGUUGGCUCGAUUAUAUUCGGCAUCGAACGAAGGCAUCAAGGUGGACGGGGAAGAGAAGCCGGCGGAGUUUGAGGUGAUCUUCGCACAUGAUUUUGCGUGGGAGGAGAAGGCAGUCAAAGAGCGGAAGUUCUGGCCGGGGAAAUUAUGA